GGAGGCAAAACUCAACCCCUCCAAAACCAUAGGGCGUUUAGAUAUUUAGAGCGUGGAGUAGAUUGUGAGGGGUGAGUGUGGGCUGUCAAAUGAAACAUUGAAGUCUGCUAUGGAAACUCUCUGUCCCUCAGCCACCACCUUCAACAUCACCAGAAAAUUCUCCCACAAAAUUCAGUCUCAAGCUUCCUCUCUCUUCCACACAACCCUUGCAUUUCCCAGUCCAUUCAAAAACAACUACAACAACAAUCUCUUGAAUCUAUCUUAUUCUUCUUCUUGUUCCAUUUCUUGUGUUUCUUCAUCUUCAUCAACAGCAACAAACGCAGUAUCAGCAUCUACAACUUCCACUUCCCUUGCUUUCUCUGCUUCAGCUGGCGAGCGGCAGCGCCACUGGAUGGUGCAAAUGGAGGCUCCUCCACAAGUGCUUCGUUCCAAAGCUGAGAUUAUUGAUUACUAUGUCAGAACCCUUGAAACGGUUCUGGGCAGCGAGAAGGAUGCUCAGAUGUGUAUAUAUGAUGCUUCUUGGGAUGCCCCUUUUGGUUUCUGUUGCGAUAUCGAUGCAGAAACUUCUCGCGAGCUUUCUGGUUUACAGGGGGUUUUAUCUGUUAAACCCGACCCCAAUUUUAACUCUGUGAAAAAGGACUAUACCUUUUCGAAUAUUCAACUGGGUAGUGUGUCAAACUCAGACAUUGGAAGUCCUCAAUUAUUUCCUGCGGGGAAUUCCAAGUACUGGCUUGUUCAAAUGGACAGACCAACAGUUGGAGUUGUUACCAAGGCGCAGAUGGUUGAUUUUUAUGCUCAAAUACUAACCAAGGUUUUGGGAAAUGAGAAGGAUGCCCAAAUGUGUAUAUAUCACAUUUCCUGGCAAUCUGAUUUUGGGUUUUGUUGUGAACUUGAUGAGGAGUGUGCAAGAGAACUGGCAGGUGUGCCUGGUGUUUUAUCAGUUCGCCCAGAUGAGAACUUUGAGUCCAAUAAUAAGGAUUAUGGAGGUGGUAGUUUACAGAAUUCUACAGAUUCACUGGAUUCUAUGGAAGCAAAUCAACCGACAAAUAUAAAAACUAAGAAACUUUUUGUAACUGGGCUAUCUUUCUAUACAUCUGAGAAAACCUUACGCGGAGCAUUUGAAGGAUUCGGUGAACUUGUUGAAGUUAAGAUUAUAAUGGAUAAAAUUUCUAAAAGGUCCAAAGGUUAUGCAUUUAUAGAGUAUACAACUGAAGAGGCUGCUAGUGCAGCUCUCAAAGAAAUGAAUGGCAAGAUUAUUAAUGGGUGGAUGAUAGUUGUUGAUGUUGCCAAGCCAACCCCACAAAAGUACAGCAGGAGCCGUCCAAGACCAGCAGUCUGACAUGCGAAUCCCUGCCAAAACAAGAGGGUUCUACUAGUAUAGGCAAUCUGAUAAAAGGACUGUUGGCUGUUCACCAGAUUAAUUGUGAAUUGAGUAGUUGGAAAAACCUUCAUCUGCCUUAAGCCUUCACAUAUUUUAUUGAAGAUUUGAACUUCAUACCUUGGUGGAGAAUUUUGUGCACUUUAUUAAAGCCUACCUGUCCAUUGCCUUUCACAUGUCUAAUUGAAGAUUCAUCAGUUUAGAUUCCAUAGCAUUUCUAUUGCUAAUACAUUCUUAUUUUAAAGUGCUCACUAUCUAAGAAAACUGGGUCUUGGAUUUUGGAAUCA